CUCAGGAUACAAGUUAUCGUUAUCAUGACGGACUCAAAGGAAUUCACAUUGUACGGUUAUUUCCGUUCGUCAGCCUCGUGGCGUGUCAGACUGGCAUUAGAAUGGAAAGGCAUUGCUUACGAGCAGCAUUCGGUGAAUCUUGCUCAGGGAGACCAGAAAAAAGAUGAAUUUCUGGCCAUCAAUCCCAGUAAAAAGGUGCCAGCUCUGGUGACCAAGGAGCACAAGGUGUUGACCCAGAGCAUCGCUAUUCUUGAAUACAUCGAAGAACAUUAUCCGGACAGACCCAUGUUACCGAAAAGCUUAUGGCAUCGGGCUCAGGUCCGUGAAAUUGUUCAAGCGAUUGCUUGUGACAUUCAUCCUUUGCAGAACCUUGGUGUGUUGAUUAAACAAGGAGGGGGUGAUUUGGAAAAGCGAGAGGCCUGGGCCCGUGAAUGGAUUACACAAGGAUUCGAAGGUCUGGAGAGACAUCUGGAAGAAGUAUCUGGCACGUACUGUGUGGGAGAUAAUAUCACGAUGGCGGAUUUCUGCCUAGUGCCCAUGGUAUACAAUGCUUUCCGAUAUAAAGUGGACAUGAAACAAUUCCCGGUGAUCACUCGUAUCAACAAUACGUUGUUGACCUUGCCCGAAUUCAAAAAGACCCAUCCUCACAACCAAGAAGACUGUCCUCCUGAACUCAGAGGUCACGGGGUGUAAAAGCGUUUACACUGUGUUGCGUUGCCUUGUAAUAAAAAGCAAUCUUGGCUAUCAAUAUUCCUCCAUAGCCACGUCGAUUGCAAGCAUAAAGAGUCAUUUUUACUGUGAU